GUUACAAUUAGACUAGUGUACGAAACAGUUUUUUUUCGGGCCUCAAUAAUGUCAAAAUUUUAGCCACAACAAUUUCUUGGACUACAUAAAAUUUUAUUAUUUUCGUUAUUUGCGGCGUCAAAAUUUAAAUAAGGCCUACAGCAUGUCUUUUAAUAGGUUUACAUCCAUUUAUGUCCGUAAGUCCGUUUUGAGAAGCAUUUUUCUGCUUACGGGCUAUUUGGAUCGAAUGCGUUUGCCGAGGACUUCGAUAAAGUUCAUGCAACGCGUGAGCUUUUGUAAAAAAUCGGAUUCUUCGGAUUCCUCUGAAGACAAGCCAAAUCCUUGUGAAUACUACACGAAAUUAAUGGAUAAAAAGCGAGAAGAAAAGGAGAAGCUAGAAGCGGCCUGCAAGAAGCUGAAAGAAAAAGAAAAACUUAAGAAAUAUGAGGAAAAAUGUAUGAAAAGUCAAAAGAAGCUUCUGGAUGACGCAAUGCAUUGUAUGGACCAGAAGGAAAAAAAAUUAAUGGAAAGUAUGAUGGAAUGUUUGACAAGAGGCAUGAAGAAGGCGUGUAAAAAACUAGCUCAUAAGAAGCUUUGCAAUGAUAAAGAACUUGAAAACAAAUUGGCAAUGAUGGCUAAAAAUGAUAAGAUCAAGAAAUUAUUGAGGCAUUGCGAGAAAAAAAAGUCUGCUGAGGAAAAGGACUCAAAAAAAUCGUCUAAAAAACCGAAGGAGCUUAAAUCAAAGAAAGGGAGGAAGGGAAGUAAGGAAGGUACCGUAAGAAAAGAUGGUAAUGGAAGCCAAAAAGAGAAAGAUCAAAGCCAGCAAAAAGAAACAUCGAAAAACAAGUCAAAAACGGAGAAGGUUAAAGAAAAAGUAAAGGAUCAAAUAAGUAAGGAAAAGUCUAAAAAACAAAACGGAGGUGAUGACUUGGAACAAAGCGAUCCAAUAGAAUCUAUAUGCUGUAAAUUGGCAAAUAAGGAGAAUCCGUUUGAUAACUCCGAUGGGCCUAAAAAUCAAUUUACUUUGAAAUUAGAGAAAUGUAUUCAAAAAGAGUGGGAAGAUAUCUGUCAGUGUCGGAAUGCACUAAGCAAUAGUGAAAAGAUGCAGCUAGCCCGAUCUCACAAAUGCAUGUCGCAGCUUGUUAAAGAGAAAUGUAGAAAGAAAGUGUUGACAGAAAUGUGCGCGGAAAGUGUAACAGUAAAGCCUAAGAAUAGAAAGGACGUACAUCCAAAGAAAACGAGUAAUGAAUCGGAAGGAACGAAUGCUGAUCAGGACGAAUGUGAAAAGAUUCAACAACGGAAGGCGUUAGAAGAAGAGGCGAUGAAAUUAAAAAACGAGGAGGAAGCUUUUAUUAAAGGUGAAAUCGAAAAAGUUAAGAAAAAGUGCAUGGAAGAGGCCCUUAAGAAACAAUGUGAAGAGGAGGCCCUUAGGAAAAAAUGUGAGGAGGAGGCUUUACGCAAAAAGUGUAAAGAGGCGGCUAAUAAGAAUCAAGAAGAGGGGGCCCAAAAUAAGAAGGAAGACGAUCCCCAAAAGAAGGAGCAAGAAGCCCAAAAGAAAAAUUGCGAGGAGGAGGCUUUAAAGAAAAAGUGCGAAGUAGAGAAAGAAGAACAGGAGAAAGAAGCUCUUAAGGCAAAGUGCGAGGAGGCAGCUCUCAGAAAAAAAUGCGCAUUGAAAAAAAUACAAGACGAAGCUUUACAGAAACAACAAGAGGCCCAAAAGAAAAAGGCGGAAGAGGAUGCUCUCAGAAAAAGGUGCCAAAUGAAAAAAAUUCAAGACGCUGCUGAAAAGAAGAAACAAGAAGAGGAGGCUCAAAAGAAAAAGUGCCAAGAACUUGAGAAAAAGGCGAAAGAGGAAGCUCUUAGAAAAAGGUGCGAAAUGAAAAAAAUUAAAGACGCCGCUGAAAAGAAGAAACAAGAAGAAGAGGCACUAAAGAAAAAGUGCGAAGAGGAAGCUCAACAGAAAAAAUGCCAAGAACUUAAGAAAAAGGAGGAAGAGGACGCUCUCAGAAAAAGGUGCGAAAUGAAAAAAAUUAAAGACGCCGCUGAAAAGAAGAAACAAGAAGAGGAGGCUCAAAAGAAAAAGUGCGAAGAGGAAGCUCUACAGAAAAAGUGCCAAGAACUUAAGAAAAAGGCGGAAGAGGACGCUCUUAGGAAAAGGUGCCAAAUGAAAAAAAUUCAAGACGCCGCAGAAAAGAAGAAACAAGAAGAGGAGGCUCAAAAGAAAAAGUGCGAAGAGGAAGCUCUACAGAAAAAGUGCCAAGAACUUAAGAAAAAGGCGGAAGAGGACUCUCUUAGGAAAAGGUGCCAAAUGAAAAAAAUUCAAGACGCCGCAGAAAAGAAGAAACAAGAAGAGGAGGCUCAAAAGAAAAAGUGCGAAGAGGAAGCUAUAAAGAAAAAGGAAGAGGCUCUUAAAAAGAAAUGCGAAGAGGAAGAACAAAAGAAAAAGUGCCAAGAACUUGAGAAAAAGGCGAAAGAGGACGCUCUCAGAAAAAGGUGUGAAAUGAAAAAACUUCAAGACGCCGCUGAAAAGAAGAAACAAGAAGACGAGGCUCAAAAGAAAAGGUGCGAAGAGGAAGCUCUUAAGAAAAAAGAAGAGGCUCUAAAAAAUAAAUGCGAAGCGGAAGCUCAGCAGAAAAAGUGCCAAGAACUUAAGAAAAAGGCGGAAGAGGACGCUCUCAGAAAAAGGUGUGAAAUGAAAAAAAUUCAAGAUGCCGCUGAUAAGAAGAAACAAGAAGAAGAGGCUCUAAAAAAGAAAUGCGAAGAGGAAGCUCAGCAGAAAAAGUGCCAAGAACUCAAGAAAAAGGAGGAAGAGGACGCUCUCAGAAAAAGGUGCGAAAUGAAAAAAAUUCAAGAUGCCGCUGAUAAGAAGAAACAAGAAGAGGCUCUAAAAAAGAAAUGCGAAGAGGAAGCUCAGCAGAAAAAGUGCCAAGAACUUAAGAAAAAGGAGGAAGAGGACGCUCUCAGAAAAAGGUGCGAAAUGAAAAAAACUCAAGAUGCCGCUGAAAAGAAAAAACAAGAAGAGGAGGCUCAAAAGAAAAAGUGCGAAGAGGAAGCUCUAAAGAAAAAGGAAGAGGCUCUAAAAAAGAAAUGCGAAGAGGAAGCUCUACGAAAAAAGUGUCAAGAACUUAAAAAAAAAGUGGAAGAGAUGGCUGUCAAGGAAAAGUGCACAAUGAAAAAAAAGCAAGAAACCUCUGGAGAGAAACAAAAAGAUGCUCAGAUUAGAGAGGAAAUAGAGGCUCUAAGGAAAAAAUGCGAACAGGAAGUUUUAGAGCAAAAGUGCCAAGAAUUGAAGAAAAAGAUGGAAGAGAUGGCUUUCAAGGAAGAGUGUGCCAUGAAAAAACCGCAAGACAGUGCUAGUAAUAAUCAAAAAGAUGCUCAAAUUAAAAAGGAAUCAGAGGCUCUAAAAGAAAAAUGCGAAGCGGAAGCUUUACAGAAAAAGUGCCAAGAACUCAAGAAAAAGGUGGAGGAGAUGGCCCUCAGGAAAAGGUGUGAAUUGAAAAAAAUGCAAGACGCCGCUAAAAACAAGAAACAAGAGGAGAGUCAAAAGAAAAAUUGCGAAGCAGAUGCUCCGAGCACAAAAAAUAAUGAAGCCGAGCCUCUAAACGAGUGCGAGAAUGCGGUUCAGAAGAAGAGCGAGGAAGAGGCUCAAAAACUAAAUCCUACUUCAUUUCGCUCAAUUCUUUACAAAACACUAGAGAAACAAGAAUUUCAGCCCGGUAAUAAGGUGUCUGUCAUUGGUGCUGGGGCCGUGGGCAUGGGUUGUGCCAUUGCCUUGCUUGCCAAGGGUAUCACCAAUAACAUAGCUCUCUACGACUUGAAGAAGGACUUGUGUGCUGCAGAGUGCAUGGACCUGGAACAUGGAUCACUUUUUCUUAAUAAUUGCAAUAUUGACCACUGCACCAGCGUCGAGUGCACCAAAGAUUCGAGAGUGGUAGUUGUAACAGCUGGAGUUCGCUGUAAUCAAAACGAGUCGCGAUUGAAAGUGGCCCAAAAAUCAGCGGGCAUUAUAAAAGAAAUUGUUCCUGAGCUAGUUAAGCAAAGCCCCAAAGGAGUCUUCAUCAUUGUAUCAAACCCAGCAGAUGUAAUGGCCUGGGUAGCCCGUAAAGUAACCAAACUGCCCUAUGAGCGCUGUUUUAGUCCUGGAUGUCACUUGGAUACCGCCCGAUUCCGCAUGUUUAUUGCGCAGCUGGUGCGGGUGUCGACGCGUUCGGUGCAUGGAUUCGUGCUGGGCGAGCAUGGAGAUAGCUCUGUGCCAUUGUGGUCCUCCGUAACCGUGGGAGGUACCCGACUGCAGAAUAUGCUUCCUACCAUUGGCACCGAUAAAGAUCCGAUGCGCUGGUCAAAUGUGCAUGAGAGCGUGGUGGAUUCGGCCUUCAAAGUAAUCGCGGGGCAUGUGUGGAAUCGACGAUGAAGUGUUUCUAUCCCUGCCAUGUAUUGUCAACCAGUGUGGACUGUAUGGUGUAAUACAUCCUCAGCUUUCCGGUUGGGAGGAAAGAAGGCUCAAAAGGUC